GCCUAUCAGUGCCAGUCAGUGCCACCUAUCAGUGCCACCUAUCAGUGCCAUCAGUGCCUCCUCAUCAGUGUCCAUCAGUGCAGCCUAUCAGUGCCCAUCACUGCAGCCUCAUUAGCACACAUCAGUGAAGGAGAAAAAUCACUUAUUUACAAAAUUGUAUAACAAAAACUAAGAAAAACAUUUUUUUUUCAAAAUUUUCAGUGGUUUUUGGUUUGUUUAGGAAAAAAAUAAAAAUCGCAGAGGUAAAUAA